AUGGAAACGUUGUCUUUCCCCAGAUAUAAUGUAGCUGAGAUCGUGGUUCAUAUCCGCAACAAGAUCUUAACAGGAGGUGAUGGUAAAAACCUCUCCAAGAGUGAUCUUUAUCCAAAUCCAAAGCCUGAAGUCUUGUACAUGAUCUACAUGAGAGCCUUACAGAUAGUAUAUGGAAUUCGACUGGAACAUUUUUACAUGAUGCCAGUGAACUCUGAAGUCAUGUAUCCACAUUUAAUGGAAGGCUUCUUACCAUUCAGCAAUUUAUUUACUCAUCUAAUUUCUGCCAUCUUUCUCUUUAUUCCAUCCAAAUCCUCUGCAGACAAAAUGCAGCAGUUAAAUGUCGCACACCAGGAGGCAUUAAUGAAAUUGGAGAGACUUGACUCUGUUCCAGUUGAAGAGCAAGAAGAGUUCAAGCAACUUUCAGAUGCUAUUCAGGAGCUGCAGCAAUCACUGAAUCAAGACUUUCAUCAAAAAACGACAGUGCUGCAAGAGGGAAAUUCACAAAAGAAGUCAAAUAUUUCAGAGAAAACCAAGCGUUUGAAUGAACUAAAAUUGUCAGUAGUUUCUUCAAAGGAAGUACAAGAGAGUUUGAAAACAAAAAUUGUGGAUUCUCCAGAGAAGCUAAAGAAUUAUAAAGAAAAAAUGAAAGAUACAGUCCAGAAGCUUAAAAAUUCCAGGCAAGAAGUGAUGGAAAAGUAUGAAAUAUAUGGAGACUCAGUUGACUGCCUGCCUGCAUGUCAGCUGGAGGUGCAGUUAUAUCAAAAGAAAAUACAGGACCUUUCAGAUAAUAGGGAAAAAUUAACCAGCAUCUUAAAGGAGAGCCUGAACUUGGAGGACCAAAUUGAGAGUGAUGAGUCAGAACUGAAAAAAUUGAAGACUGAAGAAAAUUCAUUCAAAAGACUGAUGAUUGUGAAGAAGGAAAAACUUGCCACAGCACAAUUCAAAAUAAAUAAGAAGCAUGAGGACGUUAAGCAAUACAAACGCACUCUAAUCGAGUAUGAAGAAAUACUUCUAAACUUGAAAACUGCUUUGGAGAAAUACCACGAAGGCAUUGAAAAGGCAAGAGAGGAUGGUUGUGCUAAGAUAGAUGAGAAGACAGCUGAACUGAAGAAGAAGAUGUUCAGAGUAUCAACCUGA